CACACACAAAGCAUUCCAUUGGACAUAAUCACAUUUAAAGGAAAUAAGCGUCUUGAAAUCCGCACUGGACUGUGAGUAGAAAUCUAAUCAGAUCGGGUGCGUUAAGGGAGAAGAAAAGUUCCAUUUUAAGCCAUGGCUGUGGAAUAAGAGCAUCAGACCCUCUACAUUUAUGGUCUACCGAAGAUUGGGACGAAGAUGCGGGGAACUGUCUGGGAUCUCAGGGAUACGACCAGCUAGAUGCUUUCGGGUGUCUUGAAUGAAAAAGCAAAAUCGGUGUAUUUCAACGCACAGUUCGCCAAGAAUGUCUCAUCCUUCGUUUUGAUUUCUCAGACUUGGCACACCGGAUGUUUAGUAAGACCGCAUCGAAAUAUUUGCUCUAGAGGCACUUCUUUUGAUCGCCGUGUCUAUUAUGGCAUUGCAAGUAAGACCGAAUGGAUAUACAGGACCACAUUUCUUCUAAUAGAAGGUCGUGAAUGCAAAACUGCUUGAGGAUCUUUUCGCUGCUCGUGUCUACAGAACAGAAGGUUUCUGCUUGGAUAGCUCCAAACUACAUGGUGAAGAACAUUUCAUUCGCGUCGUGCCAGAUUGCUUGAGAAUUGCGGAUGGAUUUGCGUUGCACCUGUCGUUUGGAGGGGAACGGAAUGGUGCUCUUCGUAUUUUUGCCUGCGAUUUGAAUAUUCAGCCUCGAGAAAAGGCGAAGUCUGCCUGCGAAACCGAGCGUGAAGAUGUCCAGAAACUGCUGGCAUUACGGUGGAAGACUUGGCAGUUGGCCUAAUUAAACACUUCCCAAAGAAUGGAAAACCUGUCAGCGAAUUAUGAAUGAUAAACAAGAUGAGCUCCUCCCUGAUGCAGCAGACGAUGAGAGGUCCUAGGUGGAACCGGGCCCUGUCUUACCCAUUGUUUGUGCUUUUGCUGGCCCUGCAGCUUUUGGUGGUGGCCGGCCUAGUUCGAGCGCAGACCUGCCCCUCCGUCUGCUCCUGUAGCAACCAGUUCAGCAAGGUCAUUUGUACUCGCCGUGGCCUUCGAGAUGUACCAGAUGGUAUUUCCACCAACACAAGGUACCUGAACCUUCAGGAGAACCUCAUCCAGGUGAUCAAGGUGGACAGCUUCAAGCAUCUGAGGCACCUGGAGAUCCUGCAGCUCAGCAAGAACCAUAUCCGCAACAUUGAAAUUGGGGCUUUCAAUGGCCUGGCCAACCUCAACACUCUGGAGCUGUUUGAUAAUCGUCUUACCACAAUCCCCAAUGGGGCUUUUGAGUACUUGUCCAAACUUAAGGAGCUUUGGUUAAGGAAUAACCCAGUAGAGAGUAUACCCUCUUAUGCCUUCAACCGUGUCCCAUCUCUGCGAAGGCUGGACCUGGGUGAGCUGAAACGGCUCUCAUAUAUCUCAGAAGGUGCCUUUGAAGGCCUCAGCAACUUGCGGUACCUGAAUCUGGGCAUGUGCAACCUGAAGGAGAUCCCAAACCUCAUUCCGCUAGUCCGGUUGGAUGAGUUGGAAAUGUCUGGAAACCAACUUUCAAUAAUUAGGCCAGGGUCUUUCAAGGGCCUCAUCCACCUACAGAAGCUGUGGAUGAUGCAUGCUCAGAUCCAGACGAUUGAGAGAAAUGCCUUUGAUGACCUUCAGUCCCUUGUGGAAUUAAAUCUAGCCCACAACAACCUUACACUUCUGCCCCAUGACCUCUUCACUCCAUUGCACCAUUUGGAAAGGGUACACUUGCACCACAACCCCUGGAAUUGCAACUGUGACAUCCUCUGGCUCAGUUGGUGGCUCAAGGAGAUGGUGCCGGCCAAUACCAGUUGCUGUGCUCGAUGCUCUUCACCCGCCAGCCACAAGGGACGCUACAUUGGUGAACUGGACCAGAACUAUUUCCAUUGUUAUGCACCGGUUAUCGUGGAGCCGCCAGCUGAUCUCAACGUAACUGAGGGCAUGGCUGCAGAACUGAAAUGCCGAGCUAAUUCUUUGACCUCAGUCAGUUGGAUCACACCCAACGGGUCCAUCAUGACACAUGGGGCAUACAAGGUACGCAUUUCCGUCCUCAAUGAUGGAACGUUAAACUUUACCAAUGUCACAAUGCAGGACACAGGAACGUACACCUGUAUGGUAAGCAACUCUGCAGGCAACACAACAGCUUCGGCUACACUCAAUGUGUCCUCAACGGAGAACAGUAGCUUCAGUUACUUCACUACAGUCACAGUUGAGACCACAGAAUCGGCAAACGAUGAGGGCCACCCAACAGUACAGCAGAAGGGGGGUCCCACCCCUGCCUCUGGAGUUUGGGAGACCUCCCCACCUUCAUUCACCACCACCACCACCACGACCACAGCACGGACUCCGUUGUCCACCAAGGCCACAGAUAAGACCUACACCAUCCCUGUCACAGCCCUGAGCGAUGGCUCCCUUAACACCUUGGAUGAGGUGAUGAAGACCACCAAGAUCAUCAUCGGAUGCUUUGUGGCCAUCACUCUGAUGGCGGCCGUCAUGCUAAUCAUAUUUUAUAAAAUGCGCAAACAGCAUCACCAGCAGAAUCACCACGCACCUACGCGAACCAUCGAGAUCAUCAACAUGGGCGAGGAUUGUGUAACAGGUGGACCUACCAUGGAAGGUCAUCUUACUCUUCCUCCACUUGAGCAUGAGCACCUGAAUCAUUACAAUGCCUACAAGACUGCAUACAACCAUGCCUCCACCAUCAAUUCUAUACAUAGCUCUGCCCACGAACCUUUGCUAAUUCGGGCCAGCUCAAAAGACAAUGUACAAGAAACACAGAUCUAAAUUGCUUUUCAUAGUGGGAAUAAAACACUGAAAAAAAGACCUCAAAAAGAAACUCUUAAGGAACAAUAUGUGACAUAUUGAUUUGGAAGAUUGUUGAAACAAAGACUCAGUAGACCAAUGCAAGACAUAUAAGAAGGUUGUUGGUAGUAAAAAAAAAAAAAAAAAAAUUUGGAGCGAGUGUACGUCGACAGUUUCAAAAGUGUCUUUACAUAAAAGAAGUUAUUUAUUUAAGGAAAAAAAAAUAUUGUGGUUAAAUCAAGAAAAAGAUGUAAUCUGCAAUUAUUUUUCCAGCAAUUAUUUCUCCAUGUUUUUUAAUGUUAUUUUAAGGGUUGUUGGUUUACUAGUAUGCUUGUAAACUCUGUAAAACUUAGAAAAUAUACUGUUCUUUAUGUGAGGACCCAAUUAAGUCAUUUGCAGCUGAAUAUAAAACUUCCCUUUGUUUAUCUGUCUGAGAAUAAGGUGCCACUUGGGGUUGCCCCAUGUGCUCUUAAAUACAUUUUGCAGCACAUCUUUGUUCCUGCUUAAAAUAAGCUAUAUUUAAGUUUUCAGACAGUUUGCUACACAUACUCUCUCAUGGUAUGCAACAUUAAGGGUUCCUGUAGCCUCACCAUGGACACAGUUUUACAUGAAUUCUUUCUGGGAUCCUCUUAAAGGGAUAGUUCAUCCCCAAAAAAAAAAAAAAAGAAAGAAAAUGUUGUAAUAAUUAUUUAGUCACCAUUAUAUUAUUCCAAACCUGUAUGACCUUCUUUCUUCUAUGGAACAAAAAAGGAGAUGAUAGGCAGAAUUUUAGAUGCAAUGAAAGUGAAUGGUAACUGAGUGUAAAUUUCCUAACAUCCUCUUUUGUGUUCCAUGGAGGUAAGUCAGUCAUAGGGGUUUAAAAAAACAUGAGGUUGAGUAAAUAAUGACAGAAUUUUCAUUUUUGGGUGAACUAGCCCUUUUAAAUGUGGCAAAGCCAGUGCCAGUCAUAUCUACAGCUUCCACAGAUGUGUCUUUAAAGAUUAUGUGAACUGAUGAUGUUUUCCCCCUCCGUACUACUUCUUUUUUUUUUUUUUCAUAAAUUCUUCCAUGUUCUCUCUUUCCUCAUUCUGCGCUGUCAAUCUACCUAGGCAGUUAUGCAACUCUUUUUAUACUUUUAAACACAUUUUCAGUCAUAUGACAUAUUCAAUCACGCUUUUAUUAUUUUCAGCACAGACAGAAAAUGAUGCAUCCAUCUACUGCUUGCACAUGUGGUAAUCAAGAAGCAUUUGUAUGCAGGGAGAAUGACUUGACGUUAUGAAUUAAUUUAUUAAAUCAAAAUGGCCUGAGACGGUCACUAUAGAAACCAAUGACCUUGCACAGGCAGGGGGUAGCUAACAGACACCAGCUUGACACUUUAAAUGUAUUUAGAGUCAAAUGGGCGAGGAAGGCUGGGCUAAAGAGCUAGAGCGGAUUGAGUUGAUGUGCAUAAUUUAGUCUAUAAAGUGAUCGAGAGGGCUCUAGGUAAUUUGAAUGAAACCAAUAAACCUAUGACAUUUUAUUCAUCUUCGUAACAUUUAAGCUGGCCAUUAAUUAUUUCUCCAAAACACACACAGACCUCACAUGAAGACAUUUUCUCUUUUAGUUCUGCUUCUAGAACUUACAAUUGUGAAACAGAUGAGCAUGGAUACCAAGUGGCAUCUGCUGAAGUUUGUUUCAUACUUUAUUAUCACACACCAGAUGCACUCUGAUUCCCAAGAUCUAAUGCAAUUAUGCUCACAGGCUUUGCUAUUUUAAAUCAGUUUAAAAAAGUUCUUGAGUGUACCUCCUGCCCCACUAAAAGCAAAGGCCAUCUGGUGCAUUUUCUAAUCAAGACAUCAAAGCAUGCAAAAAGACUGUUCUUCAUCUGAAUAUGCUGCUCUUUAAAAUCUUGAUUCAUAUCCUUGUCUUUCUGAUUUUAUUUUUGUGUUAUUACUGAAAUUGAUAUCAAUCUAAACAUAAAUUAAUUACAGCUAAAGAUAAUUGUGGUCAAUGGAGUUAGCACAAGAGUAAACCAAUUAAUUGAGUUGAGUGUCUUUUUCGGUUGUGUUUAAUUCGUUUAUUUGACGAUUUGGUCUUGAAAUCAUGAUUAUUGGAAGAAGUCUUUGUCCUUUGUCCAAUAUGAUGAUGCUUUUUAGUUUUAUCACUGGUUCUGUUCUUUUGUUUGUCUCAUCAUGUAAACACGUCUGUGUUUUUGGUUUAGGAGAGAACGAUAUACUUUGCUCUAGUUUUCCACGUAAAUUCUUUCUUUUCAUCUCUGAGAGGGAAUGCUGUUCUAGUGGUAGAUUUCUAUAAAAAUACAUUUUGAAAAUAAAAUAAAAAAUCAAAACAAAAACUUUUUACAUUUUAAUUUUACAUGUGCCAACCUGUUCUAAAAUAUUUAAAGAGAGAAAGAGAGUCAUGCUGUAAAAGACUGAAGAUUGAUUUUCAUGUAAACAAAUUCAUGACCUUUAAAAAAAGAAAGAUGGAGAUCGAUUAUAGAAAUCAGAAUUUGUAAUUCAUACACAAGAUAAGGUUACAAAUAAACUAUCAUUGUCUUUUC